GCAGCAAAGUGCGCGGGCGUGCAGUCGGCGUAGUUAGAUAAGGUUUUCUCAGAGCUUUCGAAAGGCGCCGGUUUUGAAGACUUUACGCAAGUAGUCAAGAAUCGGCUUUGUUUUGCCGUGGUUCCGGUUUCCUCUGAAUGAUAUUCUUUCCCUCUCUGGAGUCCUAUCCUCUCGCCAGUACAUCACAAACCUGACAACGGGGUAAACCUCAAAAGGCGGAAAGGUCAUGCGAAUGGAUCAACACCCCGGAUGAUUUCCAAGAAUGGAGAAACCACCCAUUUGACUUGGCAGUUCCAGAAACGACGGCCGCAAAGAGUAAGACCGUUGCCAUAUUCUGGGUUUAUGCCAAGCCCGGGACAGUCAAAUCGGUUCUUGCCUCCUACGCCGCGUCCCAGCUCCAGGAAUUACAUCUCGAGUGUGCACAGCAUUGCUUCCACUCUGGGGAGAAGGACUCUCGCUCUCUAGGCACAUUUUUAAGGUCAAUGGCGUAUCAGAUAGCCCCGUCAAAUACCGCCAUCCGCGACAUACUUUCUAAGCUGGCACAAGGAGGAUCAAGUUUCGACAUAAACGACUCCCGGACUAUCUACGACAAGGUUUCCAGGGGAAGGAAUCUUCCAGACCCGUGUAUACGCACCACAGUAAUGGGUCAUCGACGCCCUGGACAAGUGCAGCAAAUAUCAAGAACUCUUCAUGAUGUUGAAGGGCGAGAGUCCCGGCUUCCCCCUUCGUAUCCUCAUGGCGAGCUGCGUGCUUGGCGACAUACAACGGCUACAUCGAGCCUCUGAGCCGUCGGCCUCGUUGGUCUGUAUGAAGAUCCCUAUGUAAGCCAGUAUUUGCGAC